AUGACCACAAGCGACGAGCCGAUACGGACGAACGAGGAUAUAUCGGAAGACUGGGUCCUCCUCGGAGGCUCAACAGCUUCCCCAGGGCCACCAGAGAAUCAGGAGCUUGAAGGCGACAACGACUCUGUCUUUGGGUCCUCUCCCAGUUCGACCGAAUCGAUAACGUCCUCCGUGUAUGAUUACCGUACGAUAGAUGGCAGGCAGUAUCACAGCAAUAAGUGGGAUAAUGGCUAUUGCUUCCCUAUCGAUCAGCAGCAACUGGACGCCCAGGAGUUGAGCCACUUUGCCGCCUGUAUGCUUCUUGAGGGAGAACUUCAUCUUGCAGACUUGAAAACGAUUGACAAGCCCAUUCAGAGAGUUCUUGAUAUUGGAAGUGGCCAGGGAUACUGGGCAAUCGAAUUUGCCGAUGACCAUCCUGACAUGAAGGUCAUUGGCACUGAUCUGUCUCCUAUCGGGGAAACCUGGGUGCCUCCCAACCUCUGCUUUGAGAUCGAAGACUGCAGACAGGACUGGACCUUUGCCGAUUCACGUUUCGACUUUAUUCAUAUGCGUCACUUGGUUGGUGGCAUCAAGGACUGGUAUCACCUCUAUCGACAGGCCUUUCGUUGUGCCAGUCCAGGCGGGCUUAUCGAGAGCCACGAACAUUCCUUCAUCUUCCAAAGCGACAACAAGAGCAUCGAGACUAAGAGCGCUCUAGGACGGAUAGGAGGUAUCUUCAAGGAGGCGGGGGACAAGACAGGUUGCUCAUUCACUAUCGUGGAUGACGGCGCACAGAGGAAGCAUAUGGAAGAAGCCGGGUUUGUUGUUGUCAAGGAGGAGGUUAAGAGAAUGCCUAUUAGCGAGAAGCAUGAAGACUCGGAGCUCCAGGAGAUCAGCCUGAUUGCAUACGAAGCAUUGCUCUACGAUUUGGAGGGUCGUCUGCUCUAUGUCACCACAGAAGUCUUGGAAUGGUCGAAAAAGAAGACCUACGUUUUUGCGAUGGAAGUGCGCAAGCAGUUGGAGCAGAUGGAUGUGUACGUUGACCACAGGAUUGUUGUCGGCCGGAAACCUUGGAGCAGUUCUGAUUGA